AUCCAUAGGGGACACAUUAUGUGAGGCUCCGCCCUAUCAAUAAUAACAGACUGAGACAGCGCGACAGAAGCUGCUGACAGAUAUCCUGCUAUUCUUCAGUGAUCGCAGUAAUGGAGGCGAGCGAGGACGCGGAGAGCGCGGCGCAGCAGCAGAAUAACGCGGCGCAGAGACGCGCGGAGCUCCGCAGGAGGAAGUUACUGCUGAACUCCGAGGAGCGCAUGAAGAAGAUCGUGGGCUUCAGUAAGAGCGACGCGGACAGCGCCAGAGUCCUGGAGCCGCGGCUGGCGCUGGAUCUGGACGGGAUGGAGACCUGCUCCUCGAAGAGGCUGUCCCCGCUGCUGUCGGAGUCGCUGGGGAGCGUCCCGGAUGAAGCGGCGGCUGAGAGGCUGGCGGCAGACGAGCGCUCGGCGUCUCCUCGCAGGGGUCUGCAGAAGUACCUGUCCCGCUUCGACGACGCCAUGAAGCUGCGAGGACAGCUGUCCGCUGAGAAGACGGCUCAGGACGACGGCGGCGAGGAGGAGGAGCUGGACUCGUUCCGUCUCUUCCGGCUCGUCUGCAGCGUGGCUCUGGCCGUCUUCGUGCGCAUCUUCGUGUGCCAGUAUCUGUCCAUCUUCGCACCGUUCCUCACUCUGGAGCUGGGCUUCAUGGGAUUGCACAAAUACUUCCCAAAGGUGGAGAAGAAGAGCAAGACGACGAUGCUGACCGCUGCGCUCCUGCUGUCGGGGAUCCCCGCCGAAGUCAUCAGCCGCUCCAUGGACACCUACAGGAAGAUGAGCGACGUCUUCUCCGACCUCUGCGUCUACUUCUUCAGCUUCAUCACGUGUCACGAGCUGCUGCUGCUCUUCGGCUGCGACGCGUCCUGAGGAUCCAGCGCUGCUUCUUCUUCUGUUACCCAUCAGGCCAUGCGCAGCUCCUGCAUCUCAGCCGCAUACGAUUCCUCAUUUUAACGUCCUCCAUCUUAUUUCAUGUAGUGUUCAUCAGUUAGAGUUGUUCAUGUUGACCGCUGUGAAACUAGUGAAGGUCCGAGCAGAGAGCCCUGAUGCUCUAAUAUCAGGCGAAUCUCAUGUCUGCAUCGUAUUUCACGCCAAGACACAAAGACCAAGCCUGUUUUUUGGACCAUUGAAGAAUAUUUCAGCUGAAAAUGAACAUUAGCUGAAAACGUGUUCACCGUCAGACCAUCCGAGAUCAGGAUGAGUUUGUUUCUUCAUCAGAUUUGUAGAAAUGUGUCGUUGCAUUCAUCUUUUGUCUUCUCCAGAUGUUAACUGAUGGACUGGAGUGCUGUGGAUUAUUGUGAUGUUUUUAUCAGACUCUCAUUCUGACGGCACCCAUUCACUGCAGAGCAUCCAUUGCUGAGACACUGAUGCAGAGACACAUUUCUACAAACCUGAUGAAGAAACAAACUCGUCCUGAUCUCGGAUGGUCUGACGGUGAACACGUUUUCAUUUUUAGCUGAAUUAUUUCUUCCAGUUGUUUCCCAUCAUGACAUGAUCCAGUUCACCUUCAUCCAUCUUCUCUUGCUUUAAUGAUGGAGUGGAAUAUGAUGCGGGUUUCAUGAGCUUUGCUCUUUUGUUGUUUGUCUAACCGUGACUCAACAAAACCAGCCUAAUCUUACUAGAUUUGUUAACGAAGUCUUGAGUUGAUCGCUAAGGGGACCCAGAUUCUCUUGUUUCUGUCCCAGCUGUGGUUCUGAUCGGCUCUGCAGUCAUUCUUCAUCGUGAGCUGAUGUUGUGAGUGUUCUUGUUUCACGCUGCUCUUGUGUUUAGAGACAAACCUGAGUUUACCAGACAUUAUUCAUGCUGAUCUGCAUGAUCUGUGAUCUAUUGAUUUCUGUUUAAUUUAAUGUAAAUGCCGUUAUGUUCUGCCAUUUUGGACGGGAGAUGAACUUUAUGGUUUGUAAUUGAUCCUUCAGUAGCGAGUUGUUUCUGAUCAUGUUUACACGAUGCUGUAACACUGAUAUCUAAUGUAUGACGGUGUUUUUGUUUUUCUCAGUGAUAUGAUAUGAGGUAUGAACUCUAAUGAUUGUAAUAUAUUUGAUUACGUACCGGUUGGAGGGAGAAGCUACUGCUAAAACAAUAAAAACAUCAGUGUGUCCUUC